UUUCAGUCAAUCUUAUUGGAAAACAUCAAGUGGUUAUUCAAAAGCAAAACAGCAGGCUUGAACCGGUCCAAUGCCAUCGUUGUCAGCGCUAUGGCCACUCCAAAAACUACUGUCGCAGGGACUUUAUCUGCCUAAAAUGUGCUGGAACACACGCUACAACUGAUUGCCAAAAACGCAUGGAUAACCCGAAGUGUGCAAACUGUGAUGUCUACAAGUUGGCUCGAUCCAAUAUGCUAAGGAAUAAGCUAACUAAAAACAAGGCACAACAACACAUUCCGCAACAACAACAGCAGCAGAUAGUUCAUAAUAAAAAGCAACGUGAGCAGAAACAACAACAAAAACAACAGCGACUUUGCUCACCACCUACUACAAGUCACAACAAGCAGCUAUCAACUAAUCAUACGAAUAGGUCUCCCUUGCGUCGCCAGAAGGCCUGGCUACAGCCUCUACAACCCAUUCUUGAUACUCUCAAUAUAUUGUCUCGUUCAAUUACAGCUAGCAAUGCAGAGUAUAAAUAAGCAGCAUUUCAACGUUAGAAACAAUGCAGCGUCCAAGCAGCCAAAUCAAAAGCAGCAACAACAACAAAUGCGCAAACCUAUCAAGCAGUCAUCACAACAAUUAACUAAGGCUCAACAAAAUCAACAACCGCAUCAACUACACCUGAAGCAAGCUGUCAACCUGCAUAUGCAGCAACUGAAACAACAACAAAAUCAGCAGCAACAUAGUUCUGUGGAUCAGCAGCAAAUCAGCCAACAUAGCAUCCUAAUAAAUGGACGCCCUCGUCUACAGCAUUUGCAGCAGCACCAACAGCCGCUUCAACAACAACAACAACAACAACCGCAAUUGAAACCAAAACAGCAAAUCUCGCAACGAGGGACUGCCACUGCUAAUUCUUUGCAUAUGCCCAGCGGAUACCCAACAGC